GGGAAAAGACAUUAUUUUUUCUCCUCUGUGUUCUUUGAAAAACAAGGCAACAGCAUCUUUAGACAAGAUGUGCUCUUGCAUGAAUUUAAGUGGAAGAGACAAAGAAACCAUGCCACCAGCAGCAUCGGAGAAAAAAAAUGAAAGCACCAAGCAAUGAGAAUUCAGUCCAGGGAAUCUGAGGGGAAGAAAAAGCAAACUGGGAAGCAGAGAUCAGGCAGGAAAUAACUCAUGUGAAAAAGGAUAUAGAAAAUUUAGUGUUUAUGUCAUUUUUGCAGCAGCAUCACCAUAUGAAAAUUCUGUUCUGAAAUUUCCAUCAGGAAGUGACGAGCACUACGAUUAAGAUCCACGCAACAUCUCCAGUACUGCAACUGCUCAGUUACCUUCCUGGGAAACGAACAUCUCCCCUUUCCACAGCGGGAUUGGCAUCAGGAGAGAAAAAAACCUACCUAAGCAACAUCCCAAUGGGAAUAACAGUCCAAAACAUCACAGGAAACACAGCGAUGGUAAUUUGGCCAAAAAUGGCCAGUUGUGCCGACAGCUUUUACAGCGUCAUGUACCACCCUAACUGGAACAGCAUGCUAUCGAGUUACUCGAGAAAGAGCUUUCAGAAGGAAGAGAGAGUGCCUGCCAGCCGCUCCUCCUUUGUCGUUGAAAACCUAACUCCACUGACAACAUACAUCGUGUGCGUGACCUGCCAGUCCGCCAACCCCUCCAGUGACCAGUGCAGAGUUUUUAACACGCUGGAACAAGACCCGGCAUCCGCCAGCAACACCAAGAAAGAGCUGGCGCUGGGCAUCUGGCUCACCAGCAGCGUCCUGCUCCUCAUCAUCGCUGCAAUCCUCCUCUACGGCUGCCUGCACCUCCUGUGCCGCAGGAGAUGCGAGCGUUUGCAAGGGCAAAACGGGACCUCUGAACAAGACCACGGGAAGGCAUGGACCAAAAGCACGGUGUACGCCUUGGAGGAGCUCAGCAGGCAGAGCCAAGUGAUGCAGGAUACUGAGGAAAAGCAUCCAGGUGGCAUUCAGCUGGCCACAAUCAUAGAGAAUCCCUCAGCGUGCAAGGAGCCCGUCCUGCCGACUUCCAAAAGCCGGGAACGAGUGCCAGCGACAGGAGAGUGCUCUGCUAUAAAUUAG